AACUCUUCACCUAUAGCUGAUACACACCUCAUUUGCCUUACAUCAUGGGUGUAAGCAGGAAUUACUUUUGGAUGACAUGUUCAUCCAGCACAUUUGUUUUAUUGGCCUUUUUCCUGCUCUUCUGGGGGCCCUUCUGUGCACAGAGUAGCCCUAUCGGCUCCCCCGAGAAGCUCCGCACUGCUCCAGGGCUGGAUGACGGACAUGGAGGGAUUCUGGAUCCUUCACUUCUGGAGCAGGACAGUGAGGUAGACAUGCAGAGCUUGCUGGAGACCCUGAAGGGACAGUUUCUGCGCACUUUUAACCUGACACGUCCCGGCCCCCCUGUGCAGCCAGGGGCCACUCGAGUAGAGCCCCCUGAGUACAUGCUGGAGCUCUACAACCGCUUCGCCAAUGACCGAACAGCAAUGCCUUCUGCAAACAUUGUACGCAGCUUUAAAAAUGAAGACUCCUCCCCAUACAGUGUUGGACCUAGUGGGGUGAGACAACACCCACUUAUCUUCAACGUGUCUAUCCCACAUCACGAGAGAGUCACCACAGCCGAGCUCCGACUGUAUACUUUGGUCCAGACUGACCGCAACAAAUAUAUUGGAGUUGACAGAAAAGUUACCAUAUAUGAGGUCAAAAAGAUUGAAACGAACAGCAGUCAGGAAAUAAGAGGGGACCAUAUUGAUGGAGGAAAUCAAACCAAGCAAGAGGGAGAAACAGAACUAGUGGAGUUGGCAUCUCGACAGGUUUACGGUACAGAUAACGGCUGGGAAUCCUUUGACAUGACCGCUGCGGUGCAUCUUUGGAGGAAAUCAGACUAUGGCACCACCCACAGGCUGGAGGUCCACAUAGCCAGUUUGAAGUCUCAGAGUUUGCCAUCAACCGAAGGUAAGGAGGAAGGCAACGCCAGAGGAGGGGACAUGGACAUUGACACCAGCCCUGAGGACAAGCACAAACCCUUAAUGAUCGUCUUCUCUGAUGACCAGAGCAGAGACCACCGCGGAGACCAACGAGAGCUCAAUGAGCUGAUCCAGCAUGAGACCACUGGGCCUGGUGUUCAAGACAACAUUGACCUAGAACUGACUGGUCUCUGGGACGACCUGGAAGUUAUGGGACAAAAAGAUGGCAAUGAGGAAGAGGAGCAGAGCGAGGAGGCUCUCCUACAGAUGCGCUCCAACCUCAUCUAUGACACAGCAUCUAGAAUCCGACGCAAUGCCAAAGGCAACCAGUGUAAAAAGACCUCCCUCUAUGUGGACUUCAAAGACAUCGGCUGGGACAGUUGGAUCCUAGCACCCUCCGGUUAUGAAGCCUUCGAGUGUACGGGGACGUGCAUGUACCCUUUGACCAAACACGUUACACCUACUAAACAUGCCAUUGUGCAAACUUUGGUCAGUCUGAAAAGUCCACAAAGAGUGUCCAGAGCUUGUUGCGUUCCCACUGAAUUAGAUCCCAUCUCCCUGCUCUACCUAGAUGAUGCAGAAGUGGUGACAUAUCAGUAUAAAUAUGAAGGUAUGGUGGUAGCGAAGUGUGGAUGCAGAUAG